AAAAUCCAAACAGGAAAAGAUUUAAAGAGCAAACAGUUUACGUUUCAGCAGGGGGAUUGGUGCCAGGACGUGCGCACGCUAAGCCCACGGCUGUUCACAGGUUCCUGGGAGGGGGAGAGAAAUUAUAGGAACAACAAAGAAUAUACUGUGAGGGAAUUAUGGGAUCACAGGAGCAGAGGAGGGAAUAGCUCAUUUCCACAAAAGAACUCAAGGGGUGAAGACAAAAAGAGACUGGAACCAGAGCUGGAAUGGGACUAUCAUCUUAGAUAUGUGAGUACCUUUACCGCUUAUUACAGAAACAAUGUAUUACACUGAGUCCCCUAAAGGAAGGCAGACAUUUUGACUGGACCAUAUUAGAUACAUACCUCUCUUCUCAUCCAUGGCACGCUUAUUGAGUGCUUGUUAAUUGGUUUGUACUCAUAUAGAGAAAUCCAACCAAUUUUUAUUCUACCAAAUAAACCGACACAAAACUCUUACCUAGUGCAAGUAACACGUUCCAUUCCAGUUAGAGAAUUCGAGAAUGCAGAAUAAGUAGAGAUGUUAUAAUACACACAAGCAACCGACAUUAUAUUGCUCAGCUGUCUUAUAAAAGUUUGUUUUGUUUUCUAUCCAAUUCCCAAAUCUAAUAACUUCUUAAUUGGAACUGAGAAAAAGGAGAGAGUGUUCGUUAAUGCACCUCGCCUCUUGCAAUACACACACAUCAGGGUCGUUCCAUAUACUUCAAAUAUCUAGGAUAAAGAAUGAUAUAAGCGUUUUCAUGUGUAAAACAUGUUCAGGGCCACAAAUCCUAAAAUGGAUUCCUAGAAAACCCUUCUGGGCUUUGUGUUAGGGAUAAAUGGGGAACCAUGACAGUAUGAGAUAUUUAGAUAUAAAUCCUAAUGUUUUCGUAUAAGGAAAUGGUGUGGGGUAUGUGUCUGGUGUCUACUAGGAAGGCACACGGGUGAUAUUAGUUUAUUAAAGAGAUCAAAUGAGCACCAAAACUACUUUAGUUUAAUGAAGCGGUCUUGGUGCAUAGAUCAUAUCCCUGUAGUAUCACUGCUCAAUUCUCUGCCAUUUAGGAGUUAAAUCAGUUUUGUUCCCUUUUUUCAUUUUUCUUUUUAUGCAGCCAUAGACACACCUCCCUGGGCUGUGAAAAACACAGAAAAACAUAAUAAAUUUCAAAAAGAUCUUACAAGACACCAUGUUUAUUUUAGAAGUUAUUAUCUCUGUUGACUGAACUUUGAAGGGUUACUCCAAGCACCUUGACCUCUUCAGUGAUUUGAAAUGAUCAUGGUGCCUACAGUCUGUGCAUGCAGUAUUUCACUAUGAAACACAGGGCAUAGGGAGUUUUGUAACUUCUUGCGUCAGAUGAUGCCUUCACAUACAUGGAUAGGAGAAAGAGGUAAGAACACACGUGCUAAGAAUGUUAUUAUUUGUGUUAGAGUGCAAGAGCAAGUUUGUGAACCGUUCUAGAUAGUAUCAAUACAUUAAUUGCAAUAAUUUCACCCAAAAUAUGAUCUAAUAUGUCCUCAAAAUAGAUAUAAACAACAUGAUCAAAUAAAUAAAAAUGUAAUUAUGUUUUAUAUGUCUCUGUGGCGAAACCAACCUCGCCACUGUGCACUGGAGAAGCCUGGUUGCCAGCCUCCUGCCAUCUGACUAUGGCCCCCUUUUAAAAGACUUUAUUUUUGCCUGCAGAAAAGCUGUAUUCGUGCUUUUCUGCCUGGUGUUCGGUAGAUGUGUUUGAAUGUGUUAUACCCCAGAUAGGAAUCCCAUGGAGCCCAUUUGUAUGAAACUGACUGUAAAGACUUUGGCUCCAUGGCGAUUAAACUGUAUUCGUGUAGUCUGAGCGCCAUUCACUUAAUAAUGUGCACUCAGAUCCCAGCUUUCUGGGGAUAUGUGAAAUGUCUGUGUUUUAUGUAAUAAAUGUGACUUUAUGUAUUUUAAAGUGUUUUGUGUCUUUUUGCAACCAUGUGCUUAAUGGAGUCUUGUGUCUAUCCUGGGAGAUAAUUGAAUUACUUAUCUCAGGAUAGAAGACUCUGAAACUGGUUUGGGCCAGAAAGCCAUGCUUCAUUUAGUCACAAAGGACUUUUUACUAACUUUUGAACCCCUUGUCUGAUUCGUGCCAUUUUUUAAUAUGUUGUUCCCCUGAAUGGAUUGAUUAUGAAAAUGUAUGUUUUAUGUUUGUGACAUGUAUAUUUUAGAAGUUAGAAAUAUUGUGUAAAAACUGUAUUCCUCUGCAGGUGAUAAUGAGAUUACCCAUUGUGUUCAGUAAUCAUAUCACCUGCAGAGGGGAGGAUUUUGUGUGGGAGUGUCUGGGUGUAUUGUACGGAUUGAUUGGUUGUUUUGUAACGCCCUGUGGGCUGUACUAUGUUUAUGGAUUGGGAAUAAAAGAGACUGUAUGUGACAGUACAGGGAGUUCCUGUUUUAACCCUCAAAGUGAAGUGUCGUCUCAUUAUUGGGGGAAGGAUUUAUUGUAUGCUGUUCCAGUUUGACUGCUAGGAGAGUAAACCUAUUAGUAUGGUUCCUAUUCAACUGUCUACAGCAUUCAUAUGCUUGGGAGAAUUUAUUUGUUUCUCCGGUUCGGUGAUUGUGGUGUCUGCCAGAGUGCUUGGAGUCCUCAGGAAGCGCUAGGAGCAUCCUUCAACGGAGGUACCCAGUCGGGGUGCCAGGCGAUCCGUUACAGUCUCCAUUAAACUAUUUCAAAUUAUAUUCACAUUCAGAUGUAUUAGAUUUCGCAAUCAGCUAGUUGGUAUGUCCACGUUUUGUAGUAAUAAAGUCUUCAACCAAAUGUUUCCAGUACCUGUUAAUAAAUCCGUGCUGACAAUAUUACUGUGAUCUGUUCUCACUGUGUUGCAUGAACUGCUCUCUUCCCUCCAACCAACACUAUUUCAGAUGGGGUUUGGCCAAGUCUUCUCUCCAACCAACACUAUUUCAGCUGGGGUUUGGCCAAGUCUUCCCUCCAACCAACACUAUUUCAGUUGGGGUUUGGCCAAGUCUUCUCUCCAACCAACACUAUUUCAACUGGGGUUUGGCCAAGUCUUCCCUCCAACCAGCUCUAUUUCAGCUGGGGUUUGGCCAAGUCUUCCCUCCAACCAACACUAUUUCAGCUGGGGUUUGACCAAGUCUUCUCUCCAACCAACACUAUUUCAACUGGGGUUUGGCCAAGUCUUCUCUCCAACCAACACUAUUUCAACUGGGGUUUGGCCAAGUCUUCCCUCCAACCAACACUAUUUCAGCUGGGGUUUGACCAAGUCUUCUCUCCAACCAACACUAUUUCAGCUGGGUUUGGGCUAAGUCUUCCUCUCCAACUGACACUAUUUCAGCUGGGUUUGACCAAGUCUUCUCCAACCAACACUAUUUCAGCUGGGGUUUGGCCAAGUCUUCCCUCCUCCAACCGGCCACCUGUUUCAGCUGGGGUUUGGGCCAGUCUUCCUCCAACCCACACUAUAUUUCAGCUGGGUUUACCAAAGUCUUCUCCAACCAACACUAUUUCAGCUGGGGCUUGAACAAGUCUUCUCCAAAUAACACUAUUUCAACUGGGUUUGGCCAAGUCUUCCAUCCAACCAACACUAUUUCAACUGGGGAAGGUUUGCCAAGUCUUCCUCCAACCUACUAUUUCAGCUGGGGUUUGGCAAAGUCUUCCUCCAACUAACACUAUUUCAGCUGGGGUUUGACCAAGUCUUCUCCAACUGACACUAUUUCAGCUGGGGUUUGGCCAAGUCUUCCCUCCAACCGACACUAUUUCAGCUGGGGUUUGGCCAAGUCUUCCCUCCAACCGACACUAUUUCAGCUGGGGUUUGGCCAAGUCUUCCCUCCAACCGACAAUAUUUCAGCCGGGAUUUGACCAAGUCUUCUCUCCAACCAACACUAUUUCAGCUGGGGUUUGGCCAAGUCUUCUCUCCAACCAACACUAUUUCAGCUGGGGUUUGGCCAAGUCUUCCCUCCAACUGACACUAUUUCAGCUGGGGUUUCUCCACGUCUUUGAGUCAUUGUUCAUGUUUGGGAUGAGGUUCUUUUUUGGAUUCAGCAUUCCAUUUUCCCUUAUGGUGGAGCAAUGAACAUUAGCCAAUGCAAGACAUACUUGAAGAUCCUUUGGAUAGUUGUUUGUGACAUCCUGGAGUACUGAUUUUAGUUUGAUGACCACUCCUGGUCCCUACACAUGGAUUAGAUGGAGGCCAGAGUCCAUGGCCGGUGCAGGGAUUUUUGCCGCCGUAGGCAAAAAGAAAAUUGCCGCCAUAUUUGUUCCACCCACUCAUGCAAACUUAUAUACAAUGUACCAUACAAACACACGCUGACCCAUACAGACACACACACUGACCCACACACAUACACAUAUACUCACACUGACCCCCCUCCACACACACACACUGACCCAUGCAGACACACACUGACUCACAAAGACACACACACUGACACAUGCAGACACACACUGACCCAUGCAGACACACGUUGACCUAUACACACAGAGACCCAUACACACACAGAGACCCAUACAAACAAACAGACCCAUACAUACACACACAUUGACCCAUGCAGACACACAGAGACCCAUUCACACACCUAUACAUACAUACACACACAGACCUAUACAUACACACACACACAUAGACCCAUACAUACACACACACACAGACCCAUACAUACACACACAGUCCCAUACAUACGCACAUAGUCCCAUAUAUACACACACAGACCCAAGCAGACAGACAUACACAAGCAUAUUGAUUGAAACAUACUCACACACAUUCUAUAAAACACACUGCGCAUUCUCCCUUACCUUCAUUGCACUUUGCUCUUCAUUCCUGUCUUCUUUACUGCACCCGGCGGCUGACACUUUUUUCCCAAGCCCCAUUUCCUGUUUUUCUCCCUCCCCCUUGUCCCCACAUACAGGGCAAGGGGCGGGAGCAAGUGAAUGACGCGCCCUUGCGCUGUGGAGGUGCUUGACUGGGAGAGGGGUCCUGACUUAGCGGGCUGUGGUAAAUUCUGGACUUAGCGUAUAGGACGUUCCGGCCCUGCCAGAGUCUAUAGUAAAGAUUUUCCAGCCUCAUGGGCAACAACACUACCAGGACUAUUUACUAAAGUAAGAAUUCAAAGUGAAUUUAAAGUGAAUUUAAAAAUGUAAAGACAAAAUAUUUGAGCUUUAAAAAUUCUCUAAGUCAUACUCAUAUAUUUAUUUGGCUAUGGUAGUCUUAAACUUGAAAUUCACAUUGAAUUCUUAACUUUUUAUUGAUCUAGCAACAUCAGAUAGCACAUGAAUAGCUAUGACCAAAAGUGGGUCUUCCUUCUAUAUUAAUGGCAAAGGAUGGAGCAGGGAGACUGCCGGGACAUGAUCUAUACACCAAAACUGCUGCGUUAAUGGACCACUAUAGGCACCCAGACCUCAGUGAAGUGGUCUGGGUGCCAGGUCCCCCAGGUUUUAACCCUGCAGCUGUAAACAUAGCAAUUUCAGAGAAACUGCUAUGUUUACAAUAGGGUUAAUCCAGCCUCUAAUGGCUCUCUCAUUGACAGCCGCUAGAGGCACUUCCGCGCUUCUCACUGUGGAAAUCACAGUGAGAAGAUGCUGAUGUCCAUAGGAAAGCACUGAGAAUGCUUUCCUGUGGACUGAUUGAAUGCUCGCUCAGCUCUUGCUGCGCAUGGGCAUUCGGCGGAUGACAUCGGAAGAGGGAGGAGAGUUCCCCAGCGGCGAGGGAGCCCAGCACUGGAGAAAGGUAAGCAUUGCCAGGAAAACAAGUUUGUUUUCCUGGCACUAUAGUGGUUUUGGUGCCUAUAGCGUCCCUGUAACAAGCACAUGUUCCCUUCAAAGAAUAAAUCUGCUGAUUAUUAUGUUAUGUAUUUUAAAGUUUAUGUAAUUAUGAAGACAGGAAUGAAAUUUCAUUUAACAAAUGAUUUUGUUACCCUGUGAAAUAGUAAGCUACUCCUUUUUUGUUUUAUACUAUUUGAAGCAAAUCUUUGAAAGAGAGAUUCACAGAUUCAUGAUAAAUUGAACAGGAGCUAAUAGCAAACUCCAAAAGCUUUAUAUACUUAGUUCAGGGCCAUCUUUAAUGCAGGGCAAAUGAUCAUGAAAUAAAUGAUUGCAAGCUGUGGGCCCACAUGCACUUAAUGCCAUCCGAUAACAUUAUGUCCUCAGGGGCCCGGUCAGCAUUGCAGUCCUUUAAUAGUGCGAUCUGGUCACUUCCUUCCAGCUAACACCAAGCACUACGAGGUAGGGAGGAAGAGAGGAGUGGAGUGCUGAGUGAGAGCCAGCCACUGGACCCCAGGGCAGCCACCCUUCUGCACCAUAAAAAUAGGAAACAGGAGAGUGGCUAAAAAAUUUACUUUAUCUCUGUGUGUCUAUAUGUGUAUCUGUGUCUCUGUAUGUCUGCAUCUGUGUCUAUAUGUGAAUCUGUGUGCCUGUAUGUGUAUCUGUGUCUCUGUAUGUGAAUCUGUGUUUCUAUAUGUGGAUCUGUGUCUCUGUAUGUGUAUCUGUGUCUCUGUAUGUGAAUCUGUGUUUCUAUAUGUGGAUCUGUGUCUCUGUAUGUGAAUCUGUGUUUCUAUAUGUGGAUCUGUGUCUCUGUAUGUGUAUAUGUGUCUCUGUAUUUGAAUAUGUGUAUCUGUGUUUCUAUUUGAGUAUCUGUGUAUCUCCAUGUGUGUCUGUAUGUCUGCAUGUGAAUCUGUGUGCCUGUAUGUGUAUCUGUGUCUCUGUAUGUGUAACUGUGUGUCGGUAUGUGUAUCUGUGUGUCUAUAUGUGUAUCUGUGUGUCUGCAUGUGUGUUUGUAUGUCUGUAUUUGUGUUUGUAUGUGUAUCUGUGUAUCUGAAUGUGUAUCUGUAUGUGUAUCUGUGUGUCUGCAUGUGGGUCUCUAUGUGUAUCUGCAUGUGUCUGUUUGUCUGUUUGUGUAUCUAUUUGUUUGUCUGUAUAUCUGUGUGUAUGUGUAUCUAUAUGUGUGUAUGCAUGUGUCUCAUUGUGUGCCCCUUUGUAUCUGUAUGAGUGUCAUUCUUUGUAUCUGAAUGUGUAAAGGGUGCAAAUGCUUGCCAAUUAGUGGGGGGGAGGGAAGGGAGGAGGAAGGGUCUAGUGGGCCCAAGCAAAAUGCUUGCCCAGGGUCCAAUCAAUAUUAAAUACGGCCCUGACUUAGUUGCAGACUUAAGUGUUGUCCAGUGUCGUACGCCUUAUUUAUAAAGUGAAUGGUGUAUUAAAAAAUAAUGGCAAAAUUAAGACCAAAUUAUUUGCACGGGAAACAUUUGACAAUUUAGCUGUUUUUACAAAUUGGCUAUUCAUCACAAUGCACUGUUUAUUAAAGGAACACUAUAGUGUUUAAUUAACUGUUUAGGUGACAGGCCACCCUCCGAUCCCAUGGAAAAGGUGAGAUUACUUGUCUUUUUUCCCAUGCUGUGUCGGUCUUGCAGCGGCUGGCUGGAGAUCAUCAAUCGUGAAAGCAUAGGGAGCCAAUUGCAAAUGUGCAGCAAAACUCCACCUUAGCCAAUCAACAUAUCCUCAUAGACAUGCAUUGAAUCAAUGCAUCUCUAUGGGGAACGUUUAAGCGCCUCCAUGCAGAGGGUGGAGACAGUGAACCCCAGUGCUGCACUUUAUACAGCACUGGUCUAUUAGUCAUCUCUAGUGGCCAUCUGAGUGACUGUCACCAGAGGUGUUACUAGACAGCAAUGCAAACAUUGCCUUUUCUCUGAAACGGCAGUGUUUAUAGUGCUAACACUAUACUGCAGGAACAGGCUAUGGACACCUUAAGCUAUAGUGGUUCUGGUGACUAUAGUGUCUAUUUAAUAAAACCAACAUGAUUUACAUUUUAUAAAAAGUAAUUGAAAAGUGUGCCCGCUUGGCUCCUACUCAUGUCCACUUUACACAAUAUUGACAAAACAUACAAUUAACAGACCAAAUGCUAUUUUUGACUUAAUUUUCAUGUUCACAGUUCCAGGUGUAUCAGUGUUCACACAUACACGAGCCCAUGACGGUGACAUACAGUAAUCGUGUUGCUGAUGCAAAGCUGGGCACCUUCUCCCGUUUGCUUCUCCGAUGGCGUGGCAGUAUCUAUAAACUGUUGUACCAAGAGUUUCUCAUCUUCAUCAGCUGCUAUUUUCUCAUCAGUGCCACAUACAGGUACCUGUUUAACAGCCCAGGUUAAAGAUAAAUGGUAAUAAAUAUAUCUUGACUAUGUCUGUGUAGAGCUUGCGGCAUUAUUUACAAACACGUGAAAUAUCAUGAACACCAAUCCAAAGUGAAUUUUACAUUUAAUUUAAAAUAGGCAAAUUGGAAAUAUUCUCCAAGUUAGCCAUUUUGGGCAAAAAUUUUCCAUUUGAAUUUACAACAAUUAAUUCACAAGUAAAUAUGUUUUAUAAUUUUGCAGAGCGCAAGGCUAGCAAAACACAGUGAUAGCAUAAAGGAUGUGGUUAUGUACUUAUAUAAAAAGGUGUCAAUGAGGCGAACGUGGCAAUUUACUAACACAACUGAAACAUUACAGAGAGUAUAUAUAUCUAUAUAGUACAAAGCGCAAAUAUUGGUAAAGACAACCACAAGAUAACCUCACACCUCCCCAAAGUCCCUAUUUAUGAAUGGCAGUCCAUAGUUUGUGUCCAAACCCCUCUGUCCCUUUUUGCUAUGUCAGUCCCUUUUUUUAGGAGCUCCAUAUUGUGUACUUAAAGCUCCACAGCAAUAAAAUUGAAAGUAAGGUGAAUUAAUAUGUGUUUGUAAAUCCGUCUGAUUCCACCCAAUAGACUCCAUUCUCUGUUGUCCUUGGACGUGGGACCCCAGGGAACUAAGUACAUAUGUAAAUAAAUAAUCGGAGGACAUUAUGUGUGUUAAUAAAACCAGGAGUGUUGUGUGUAUAACUUGUAAUGGUGAAUGACUUGACUGCAAUGAUCCUUAUCUGCUUUAAGAUAAUUUACUAUUGUUCCCCUUCAUUACUCAGUGUGAAGGUAAAUGAAGUCCAGAUCCCACCAGUGACCAUUCUCUUUCUAUCCUACAGGGUUCUACUUAAUGAGCAGCAGAGGACUUACUUUGAGAAGGUGGCUCUGUAUUGCAACAACUACGCAGAGCUGAUCCCUGUGUCCUUUGUUCUGGGUAUGGCGGCGUUUGGGGUCAUAUAGCAAAUGGUCAAAAAGACAUCAGCAAACUGAAAAGCAGACUUUCGCUACGCUAUUUGACCGCGUGCAGUCACUUACGAUGUGCGAUGGAGCAUUUUAGCUCUAACAUACAAAAAAAGUCAUUUACAUCAUCAUCCUGUUCGUUUUCAUCAAAAAGCCAAGUAAUAAUUUAAACUGUUCAAAAACAGACUUGGGGGGACGCCAGGACACUCCUAGCACCAUAACCACUCCAGCGAGCUGUAGUGGUUAUGGUGCUUGAAGUGUUCAUUUAGAGCAGUCUCCACUGAACUAGAGAGGAUGGUGCAAUUGACUAAUAAAACAUUCAUUAUUGCUGCCAUUUACAGGGUUAUUCAAAGUGAACUGUGGCAAUUCAAACAGCAUUUUAGAUUUUAGGCCAAAAUUGUCCAUUUUAGGCAGUUUUUUCAGUUUGUCCUGAAAUUAGAAGCUUUGAAUUGACUUUAGUUUAGUGAAUAGGCCGACGUAGUACAGAGAGAUACUUUGUGAUUAGUGGUGUGGCUGUGGGAGGGAUUUCCGAAAAGAAUAAUUAUUUAGAACUCUGACAGAUUAUUUCAUUUACAAAAGUGAGAGUUCAAAGUGGAUGCAAAAUGAAUUUUAAAUGUAACUUUCAAAAGAGCAAAAAUGGCAAAAUUCCAUCAGCGAUGCUUUCAGUUCAUCUAGUCUGGUCUUAAAUGUGAAACUUACUUUGAAUAAUUCUCAGUUUAGACAAUAGCUUGAUAUUGUAUUGCUGUGCUGGGAUUUUUUUGCAAACACUAAAAAAGUGGGUAACCUCCUAGAAGUGGGGAACACGAGGAUAGAAAAGAGGGUCUGAUAGAUUUGGGUGCCACAGAAGAAGAUUUUGAAUUUUUAUUCUUUUUUCUUUUUUCACUUGCACUGCAAUAACCUAGAUUCACAUACAAAGAAUGGGUGAUCUGGUGGAGAGCCCCAAUUUGAGACUCCCAGGGCCCUAUUAAAAAUUGUUAUUUUUUUAGUUUUUUGUCAAUUGAUUUGUUUCUGGGAACACCAUAGAAAAGACUCCAAAAACCAUUGUUGAGAUGUUGCCAUAGUGAAGAGCGAUGUGUCACCAAUAUGCCUCCUCCCCAGCAUCUCCCGUGUGGAAGGCUUAGCUCCCAGUGUUAGGAGAUGUGGGGACUCCUAUGGAACAUCUUGUAACUAAAAUAUAAAAGAGAUAUCUAAUGGUAAAAUUUAAAUAAUGUCUAGGUAUUCAGUUCUGCAAUUCUCCUCAGACGUAUGUUGGCAUGUCAUUGGAUAUAACGGGCAAGCCGUAAGAAAUGCAUUAUCAUAUCGGAUCGGACCCAGUACGUUUAAAGGGGAAUGGGUAAAAUACACAAAGUUGUAAGAAGUAAAGCAAUGGCAUAAUAAGCAUUGAAUAAUACGUUUUCCGAGUAGAGAAUACUAACGGUGUUUGUACAAUCAGAUGUAUUCACAGUUUGUAUAUCACGCUGACUAUUUUGAUAAAUCUGCUGUUCCCCUGCGUAGGAUUCUAUGUGACGUUAGUUGUGUCUCGCUGGUGGGGACAGUAUGAAAGCGUGCCGUGGCAGGAUCAUCUCAUGUUCUUGGUGUCCAGUAAUGUGCAUGGCACGGACGAAAGAGGCAAGAUGCUGCGUCGCACACUGAUGCGCUACUCCAACCUGUCGGCCCUGAUGAUUCUGCGCUCUGUUAGCACUGCCGUUUACAAGCGCUUCCCUACACUGCAGCAUGUUGUGAAUGCAGGUCCGCACGGUAUACAUGUAUUGCAGUGUUUGUGUACACUAUAAAUACCGAGAUGGAUGGAUGGGCAGGAAUGUUGGUAAAACUGGAUAAGCGAGAACUGAAUGUUAGGGGAAUAAUCCAAUCUAGCUUUAUUUAGAAACAGCAAAUGUAUGUGAUUCAUACCUCCCAAGUGUCCAUAUUUAGGAGGGACAGUCCCUGUUUUGGGCCCAAAAAAACCCUCUUUUCUAGGAGCUCCAUAUUGUUGGUGUAUCUGAGUGUAUAACACAGCUCCACGGCAAUAAUACUCCCAGUAAUGUGUCUGAGUGUAUAACAGAGCUCCACAGCAAUAAUACUCCCAGUAAUGUGUCUGAGUGUAUAACAGAGCUCCACAGCAAUAAUACUCCCAGUAAUUUGUCUGAGUGUAUAACAGAGCUCCACAGCAAUAAUACUCCCAGUAAUGUGUCUGAGUGUAUAACAGAGCUCCACAGCAAUAAUACUCCCAGUAAUGUGUCUGAGUGUAUAACAGAGCUCCACAGCAAUAAUAUUCCCAGUAAUGUGUCUGAGUGUAUAACAUAGCCCCACAGCAAUAAUUUUCCCAGUAAUGUGUCUGAGUGUAUAACAGAGCUCCACAGCAAUGAUACUCCCAGUAAUGGGUCUGAGAGUAUAACAGAGCUCCACAGCAAUACUACUCCCAGUAAUGUGUCUGAGAGUAUAACAGAGCUCCACAGUAAUAAUACUCCCAGUAAUGUGUCUGAGUGUAUAACAGAGCUCCACAGCAAUAAUACUCCCAGUAAUGGGUCUGAGAGUAUAACAGAGCUCCACAGCAAUACUACUCCCAGUAAUGUGUCUGAGAGUAUAACAGAGCUCCACAGUAAUAAUACUCCCAGUAAUGUGUUUGAGUGUAUAACAGCAAUAAUACUCCCAGUAAUGUGUCUACAAUAAAUGUUUUUAGAAAUCAGUCUGUGUAACUAAGACACAUUGUUCUUUUUAUUAAUUACAUUUUAGUUGUAUAAAUUGUUAUUAGUAAGCCAUCUAAAAUCUCUCAGAACAGCCCCCUGGAUACUCCCCUCACCCCCCACUCACACCCAGAAAAGCCCCAUCCCUGGCCACACUCCCACACACACCCUUAAAAUGAAAGUGUCCCUCUUUGUCUAUAUAAAAUGUUAUGAGGUAUGUGAUUUGAUGUUUCUGUAACUCUUCUCCCUAGGCUUCAUGACAGUCGCUGAAUGCACAAAGCUUGAGAAAAUUGUCUCUUCGCACAACAAGUUCUGGAUCCCUUGUGUCUGGUUCGCUAAUCUAGCGGUGAUUGCUAGGACUGAGGGACGAAUACGCGACAAUGUUGUUCUACAGCUUAUUCUUAAAGUGAGGGGAAAUAAGGGAAUGUGGGGAAUAUAUUGUGUGCCAUGGGAGUGUGGCACUGUCACCUAGUAAAUGUUGUAUAAAGGAAUUAAGGCUUCGGACAGAUUAUAACUAUAUAUGUGUCCAAUGGGAAGAGAUGUUCAGAAGGUCAUGGAAUGAGCGUCAGUUUGAACCUUUUACAUUUUUCGCAAGGUUAUACGUUGUGAUCAUGGGAUUUUCUCGGUGAUAUUGAACUCAACGAGAUCUCUUCUCUCUGCUAUCAUGAACACAGUGUGAACCCCACCCCAUCUUGGUUAAACAGUAGAAUGCUCUCUUCUCGAGUAAUCCGCCAUGUAUUGUGCCAGCACUUUAUAAAUACAGAAGGCGAUGAGCAGUUAUAUUUUAUAUAGGAAGAUGUAGUGUAGUCAGCAAUGUUUUACUGGUUGCUGGAACAGUUUUUUAAUGACAGUGACCUAGUGUCCAGGAAUUGAACGGAGCUGGAUUAGGUGACCUAGUGUCCAGGGAUUGAAUGGAGCUGGAUUAGGUGACCUAGUGUCCAGGGAUUGAACAGAGCGGGAUUAGGUGACCUAGUGUCCAGGGAUUGAACAGAGCUGGAUUAGAUUACCUAGUGUCCAGGGAUUGAACGGGAGCUGGAUUAGGUGACCUAGUGUCCAGGGAUUGAACAGAGCUGGAUUAGGUGACCUAGUGUCCAGGGAUUGCACAGAGCUGGAUUAGGUGACCUAGUGUCCAGGGAUUGAACGGAGCUGGAUUAGGUGACCUAGUGUCCGGGGAUUGAACUAAAAUGGAUUAGGUGACCUAGUGUCCAGGAAUUGAACUAAAAUGGAUUAGGUGACCUAGUGUCCAGGGAUUGAACGGAGCUGGAUUAGGUGACCUAGUGUCCAGGGAUUGAAUGGAGCUGGAUUAGGUGACCUAGUGUCCAGGGAUUGAACGGAGCUUGAUUAAGUGACCUAGUGUCCGGGGAUUGAACAGAGCUGGAUUAGGUGACCUAGUGUCCAGGGAUUGAACGGAGCUGGAUUAGGUGACCUAGUGUCCAGGGAUUGAACGGAGCUGGAUUAGGUGACCUAGUGUCCAGGGAUUGAACGGAGCUGGAUUAGGUGACCUAGUGUCCAGGGAUUGAACGAAGCUGGAUUAGGUGACCUAGUGUCCAGGGAUUGAAUUGAGCUGGAUUAGGUGACCUAGUGUCUGGGGAUUGAACUGAGCUGGAUAAGGUGGCCUAGUGUCCAGGGAUUGAACGGAGCUGGAUUAGGUGACCUAGUGUCCAGGGAUUGAACGGAGCUGGAUUAGGUGACCUAGUGUCCAGGGAUUGAACGGAGGUGGAUUAGGUGACCUAGUCUCCGGCGAUUGAACGGGCACUGGAUAAGGUGACCUAGUGUCCAGGGAUUGAACGGGAGCUGGAUUAGGUGACCUAGUGUCCAGGGAUUGAACGGAGCUGGAUUAGGUGACCUAGUGUCCAGGGACUGAACGGAGCGGGAUUAGGUGAUUUAGUGUCCAGGAAUUGAACAGAGCGGAUUAGGUGACCUCGUGUCCAAGGAUUGCAUGGAGCUGGAUUAGGUGACCUAGUGUCCAGGGGCUGAACGGAGCUGGAUUAGGUGACCUAGUGUCCAGGGAUUAGGUGGCCUAACGCAGCUGCCUAGUGUCCAGGGAUUGAACGAGGGUGUGGCUGCCAUAAAGAUACUUUGUCAAGCUUGAUCCCAAUUAAUACUAAGAAUAUAAGAUAUUUAGACAAGUACUAAGGGUUAAGGGUUGUCAACACUGGUAACCUGCCUAGUACGAUCUUAAUCAUCUUAAUCUUUCUCUGAAACGUGUGACUUUUCUUUAUCGCAGGAGCUGAUUUCUUUGCGCACAAAAUGUGGGAGAUUGUUUGGCUAUGAUUGGGUCAGCAUCCCACUAGUGUACACCCAGGUAACAUGUCCCAUAAUACAACUGAAUAUGUUUUCUUGCAUGUAAUGUUUCGUGUUUUUCCCAUGGCUUUUUCCCAGUUGUGUUCUGUCCCUUUUAUGACUGCCUCUUCCAACAGGUGGUUACAGUAGCCGUUUAUAGUUUUUUCCUGGCUUGUCUGAUUGGUCGUCAGUUCCUAGACCCUCAGAAAGGAUACCCUGGCCACGAAUUAGAUCUCUACAUCCCCGUUUUCACCCUGCUACAAUUCUUCUUCUAUGCCGGCUGGUUAAAGGUAUCAGAGACGGAUCUUCCUAUCAUUCCUUCUUCCCGUUGGAAGAGCUGGAUUAUUGAUUAUGUGUCUAUAUGCAGGUGGCUGAACAGCUAAUCAACCCGUUUGGACAGGACGAUGAUGACUUUGAGACAAACUGGUUAAUUGAUAGAAAUUUCCAGGUAUGUAAAACAGUUUCAUCUUACACAUGUUUAACAAUUUGGAGUCAGCCAUUCAAAAUCCAGAGACUUUGUUUUUCUCUGCUUUUCGACUUCACUUUUGUUUAGUUACACACCUUGAGUUUUGUCUCUAAUCUCAUUAAAUCUUACAGAUUUUUCCUGCUUUCAGAUGAAUAUAGAGAGUUCUUUUAAGUUAUUAAUGUGUUCCUCUGGUAGGUCUCUCUUUUAGCAGUGGAUGAGAUGCACCAGAACCUCCCCCCAUUAGAGAAAGACCUGUACUGGAAUGAUUCAGACCCCCAGCCUCCCUACACCACUUCCACUGCAGAGACUCGAAGGCCAUCUUAUAUGGGUUCUGCUUUUGACAUCAGGUGAGAAUAUAGGGGUUGUAUCUUUUCAAAGUGACUUCAGCCACUUGAUGAGAAAAUAUAUCUUUAUAUUUAAAUAAAGCACCUUAAAUAUCACCAUGUCAAUAUAAAGACAACUUGGAAUGACUGUGCUGGUGCAGACAGUCUAUGGGGCUAAUUCAAUAUUCAAUAAGUUUAAUUCAGUUAAUUCAGUAUUCAAUACAUUUGUCUUGGAUUAAACAGUGAUUUGUACAUUUAAUGCCAAACUAACCAAGGGGAACUGAGAAACCUUAUUGGAAAAUAUGGUUCAAAAUAAAAUGUAAAUUACAAUCCAGCAAUGACAUUUGAUUGUAAAUAUUUUCUUAUUUAUAGCCAAUAUCACGUUUUUAAAUAAUAACCUUUUUCUCUCGGUAACGUCACUGAAGUCGAAAUCGUUAUUGAUGUAAAAUCAAAGUUAAAGGGUUACUUUAACCACUUUGUCUCUUUGAAUUGGUUACAGUGCCUGGAGUACCCUGGCACUGUCCCUCCAUUCAGUGUUGCACCAUGUUUGUGCAAUAUGCCACAAAAUAAGAGUCCCUGGCCACCCACAGUCCGGCCCUAUCUGUAUGUGUAGCUAAGGCAGAGAUUAAACACUUCCUUGUUGUCAUACCCAUUCAUACUGUCAGUUGGAGCUCUGACAGGUUAAAAGCAGUCAGCUGACACUCUCAGCCAAUCACAGCUGCCUAUUGCUGCUCAGGCUAAUACUUCCUUAUUAGCCAAAGCAGCACAGAGGGGAUGGAUUGCCAGGGACUCUUGUUUAGCAUUAAAACAUUACAACAUUAAAAACUGUUUAAUGCUGAAAGAAAUUAUGGUACCAGGGGACUCGAGACGCUAUAACCAGUUUAAUGAGAUGAAGCAGAUACCGUGCAUACUGUGUCCCUUUAAGCAUCAUGACCACCGCAGCUCGCUGUACUGGUCAUGAUGCCAGGAAUAUCCUGUCCUGAUUCACCGAUAAUGGGGUACACUAUUACUAAACAGUUUGCCCUCUUGCCUUGGUGCCCACGAGCUCCAAAGCUCCCUGGUGGUCCGGUGAAACUACGGCCAUCUCAGUUCAUUGGCUGAAAGCACCAGCUGACCGCUCUCAACCAAUGACUGACAUUCAGUGCACACAAUUAACAUUAGCCAGCCCAUAACUCUACUUCUUGCCUGUCUGAUGACACUUCAAUGGCGCUGCCCGAGGUGGAGUUACACCUCUGACAUCAGAAGGCUUAAACUCUGUACGCGCAGUGUUUCAAAGCGAAACACGGCACAUACAGACUCCAGGCACCAUGUGAAAGGAUAAAUGCUGUUCUGGACUCAACUCCCCUCGAUUCUCGCUCCUUCGAUCACCACAUCAAUUGAUGGGAGAUCUUGUUUAGCAAAUAAGACACACAGACACGAAAGAGUGCAUAACAAGUUCUCAAUGAGUAUAUUUUCAGGGCUAGCAUUUAUACACAAUUUCUCAUGCAAGCAGUGAAGUCUAUAGUGUCCUUGUGGUUAAUAGUACAUACUUGUCGGACAUGAAAAAGAUAAGCAUUUGGAUGAAGACGAGACAGGAACAUCCUAAGGUCAAGGAAGGUCAUACAUCCUGUAGAGGAAAGACCUUGGUACAAAAUACAUCUGCCAAAGUCAGCAUAAUUAUUUCAAACAUUAUUUUAAAGCAUAUAAAGCAAAAAGAGUUAACCAUUUCACUUCCUUACACCAUGACCACUUCAAAUCACUGAACUGGUUUUGGUGCUUGGAGUAACCUCCGUUGUUGAUGUUGUACACACUAACACAGACACAUACUCGGAAAUACAAGCCAACAAUUUGUUUGCUGUUAUCAGCAUCUGAUUCUAACAUUUACUUAACGCUUUAUUACAGAGAUAUCUGUACUUAGAGACAAAUGUAAUUAUUCUUUUUAAUUAACUUACAGAGGGGAAUUCCAAUUUUUUUUAAUUUACAAAAAUACAAGCUACAAUAAAAGUAAUCAGGAUAUGUUAGAUAAAUCUGCACCAUUUUUGUAACUAUAGGGAGGAAUUCCUGUUUUAAUCCUGGCAUUUAUUGACAUUUCAUGGAUUGGUUUUAACCUUUUAAGGCCCUGAAUUUAAUGCAUUUGUGGCACAUGCCAAAGUGCCUUUUCAUGAGUGAACUUUCUGAUUAGCGAUAUUUUUUGCUGUGCUGUUACUACAAGCAUUACUUCAGUGAGAAAUAGUGAGAGAUAGUGAGAGAUAGUGAGAAAUGGUGAGAGAUGGUGAGAGAUAGUGAGAAAUAGAGAUAGUGAGAGAUGCUGAGAGAUGCUGAGAGAUAGUGAGAGAUGCUGAGAUAGUGAGAAAUAGUUAGAUAGUGAGAGAUAGUUAGAGAUAGUGAGAGAUAGUGAGAAAUAGUGAGAGAUAGGGCUAAUGUAGAAGGUAGCGGGCAAAUUAUUAAGUACUACUGUAAGGAAACCUAGUAUAUUCAAUCCUCAUUCAGUAGUUUCCUCCCGAACGACCAGAGCAUCAGUGAGUAUAGCUCUCCGUUUGGUAGAUGAAAUAAAAUCCAUACACAUCGCUUUAUAAGAUAAUUCCCUUAAUAAAGCAUACGAAACCCAAAACAUCAGCCAAAGUCAAGAAGAAGGGUAUAACAGAACUCGCAUUUAAUGAUCACACACAGGCUUUUAUGCAAGUCCCCAUGCAAGGGGACAUCCCACAGGGAGGGACACAGUAUAACCAAUCAGUUACAGGAAAACAGUAAAACAUACAAUUCACUCCCCUAGUCCUGGAGAUAAUCAAGUCUGAUAAAGUAAUAACUUAAUUAUCUCCAGGCAGAAAAAUCACAAUUUUCCCCAAUAUUCAGAACACCCCUUUAGAUAUGGGGUAUCCCCACAAAUAAUAUGUCCCCUGAUAGCCCCGAUCUGGGUGACCAACAUAUUCAAAUUUCACCCAGAUCAGUUCAGGGGUUCUCAAAAAGUGUGGAAGUCCUUUGUGACCGGCUAACCGCGAGCUGGCUGCCCAAAAUAGUUCCAGGAGUUUGGGUGGUUGUGCCGGUCUAUUCAGUAAAGGGGCAAAAACAGAAUAAUUCCACAAAUGAAUUCCCCUGGCUCUUAGCAGCGAUUGUUCCCCUCAUUCGAAUGCACAAAAUACCGAAUAGCGCUCUUCUAGCUAUUCGGGAAGUAGAGAUCCAGCGUUCGCUUAUUGAGACCGGUGUUCGGGAAGUCGAGUGUCCGAUUUUAGUUCCAGACACUCGACGACCAAGUCCCGCUGCCUUUGUUCACCUGAAAAAAGAUCGCCACCGUUUUCUCAGCCACGUGGCGUUCGGUAGUACGAACGCUGGCCGCACAGAUAGAGGGUUUAAUUGAAGCAUUCAUGGAAGUUUAACAAGCCAGGGGGUGGUCUCUGUUCGGUAGUUAUAUCUACAGAAUGAAUAUGUAAGAAAUAUUAUACAUAGAGAGGGAUUUCUUCACAACUACUAACCCUAACUGCUAACCCUAACACCCUCCUCUCAUCCAGGGUGCAAGAAAAACUAAUAUGUGGGAAAUCAAUUUGAUUUGUGGUUGAUAACUUUCCUUCUAUUGAAGGAAUGAGAAUUGGUGUCAAUUUCAGCAGUACUCGAGGUGAAUUUUAGGAUUAUUCCAACACUGAGACUUGGCUGAAAACUCAGAGGAGAUUACCAAGGGAUAAAUGCAGGCAUGUUUAUAAAGUACAGCAGCGAGAUAAUGUAAACAGCCAUUUUAGAUGCAUUGGGAUCAAAUUUGAAACCUGCAAAAAUGUGACUUACAAAUGCAAACCAGAACACGGAUAAUUACUUUAAACAUUUUGCAACUUCUCUGGGAGAAAAAAGGAGCAACGUUUUACAGCGCUCCCUGAAAUAAUAAAGUAAUAUUGCUUAAAGCGUUACUCCAACCACCAUGACCACUUAUGCUUUUAGAAGUAAUAAUUGUGACAGGUAUCCUAAUGCUUGAAAAGCUGCACAUGCAAAGAUAUUUUAAUUUUUGUGCCGGCGGCUAGUUGCACCUUUGGCACAUGUAACUCAGACAGCCUAAUUUUCUUUCCCUGCUAUGAUCCCACCCACCUCUCUCCAUUUCCUAAUAUUUGAUUUCAUUGUAAUUCCCUCCCUUCCUCUUUUCCUUGUCUACCCCCAACUCCAUCCCAUCCUCCCAUACCUGGCUCAGAGUGCAUGCAUGCGCAGUUCAAUCAAAUGCUGCUAUAUGUGAAUCUUUGAUUUAAUUGGACCUCCUGAGAAAAGCAGUGAUGUUAGAAGGGUAUGUGGAAACCAGCGAGUGGAGGGACGCUCUUCUUAUUUUACAGGUUUAUAAGGGGUAAGGGGAACUAAUUGCUAAUGCUCAAGGCAUUGUAAAUUUUAAAAUACAUAUAUUUAAAAAGGUUUGGAGUAAGCCGUGCUGUGCUGGUACAACUCAUUCAAAAGAGCAUAAACUUACCUCGAUUCCAGCGCAAGUUGUCCCUCAACCCAAUCCUCUUCCAUUGACAUUAUUCGCCCUUGCUGUCAAGAGAGAAUGCAGGUCCCCUCUGCAUUAAUCUGCCGGUCACAUUCCCACAUUACCACGGUCUUUCUAGUGAGUGGUGCAGAAAUGGCUUCCCUGCCACUACUUUUAGUUACAGUGAGCAGCCACAGGCUGCUAAUUGUUUAGUAGACAUACACUGUAUAGACACAAGUAUUGGGACACACACGUUUUAUUACUGAAUUCAGGUGUUUCAAUCAGGCCCAAUGCCACAGGUGUAUAAAAUCAAGCACGUAGCCACGCAGUCUGCAUUUACAAACAUUUGUGAAAUAAACUGUCUUGUUCUGAAGAGCUCAGUGAAAUCAAGGGUGAUACUGUGAUAGGAUGCCACCAAUAAUCCAGUUCGUGAAUUUCAUCCCAGCUAGAUAUUCUACGGCCAACUGUAAGUGGUAGUAUUGAAAAGUGGAAGCGUUUAGGAACAGCAACUCCACGAGGCGGAAGACCACGUAAAGUAACAGCGGGGUCACUGAGUGAUGAGUCGUAUGGUGCGUAAAAGUCACCAACACUCUGUUUAUUCCAGCUGAAGAGUUUCAAACUUCCACUGGCAAUAAUAUCAGCACACAAACUAUGCGGCGGUUGCUUCAGGAAUGGGUUUCCAUGGCCGAGCAGCUGCAUGCAAGCCUCACAUCUUCAAUUACAAUGCCAAGCGUCGGAUCAAGUGGUAUAAAGCAUGCAACACUGGACUAUGGAGCAGUGGAAGUGUGUUUUGUGCAGUGACGAAUAAUGCUUCUCUGUUUGGCAGACUGAAGGGCGAGACUGAGUUUGACGGAUGCCAGGAGAAUAUUACCUGCGUGACUGCAUUGUGCCAACUUACUACCAGUGAAGGGCAACCUUAUUGCUUCAGCACAACACAACAUUUUGGACAAUGCUAUGCUUCCAACUUUGUGGGAACAGUUUGGGGAAAGCCCUUUUCUAUUCCAGCAUGACUGUGCCCCAGUGCACAAAGCAAGGUCUGUAAAGGCAUGGUUGGAUGAGUUUGAUGUGGAAGAACUUGACUGGCCCACACCGAGCCCUGACUUUAAUCCCAUCGAACACCUUUGAAUGAACUGGAACAGAUAUAGUGAGCCAUAACUUCUAGUCCAACAUCAGUGCCCAACCUCACACAUGCUCUACUGGAUGAAUGGGCAACAGUUCCCACAGAAACACUCCAGAAUCUUGAGGAAAGCGUUACCGGAAGGGUGGAAGCUGUUAGAGCUGCCAAGGGGGGGACCAACUACAUAUUAGUAUUUAGAAUAUUAUUAGUAUUUAGAGUGCAAUGUCAUAAAAGUCCCUGUUGGUGUAAUGGUCGUGUCCCAAUACUUUUGUCCAUAUAGUGUACCUCCAUAUAUGCUCCCACUUGUCAUAUAGUGACAAAUGGAGGCAUAAGGGGAGUUUUAAACCUCCCUUGUAGUAAUAACGGGGUGAUAUUGACCCUCACAGGCUUAUUUAUUUUUUUGUUUUACACUUUUUUUUUAAUGUGGAGGCAUACUUGUAACUGCUGGUCAGACGCAACAUGGCAAACCCUUGCGCAGCCAAAGGUUUUUUUAAAACUAUUGGCCUGUUAGCUGCUAUUGCUGGCAAUGUGAAAAAGUACUUCAAAUUAUCAUUUGCUUGCAAAAAGAAAUGGAAUAAUAAUUUGUGAACAUCCUACUCUGCAAUCAUUGUAAAGCUGGUGCUAUGAACAUACCCAGAAUCCUACACUUUGUGUAGCGCUCGGAUACGAAAAUACAGGUUUUCAACCAGACACUAAAUGCAUUUGGCCGAUAGAUGAAAAUUCAGUCAGGCUGACUGAAUUCUGACCGGAAUUUGCUUUAGUAAAUACGAGAAUUACAAUUCCGUUUGAAAUUCCGACAUUUUCACCAGAUUUUGUCCAUCCGGACAACAUCUGGUGUUUAGUUAAUUACCCUGUAUAUAUUUGACACAGACCCUCUAAUUCUAAUAUAGUUAAUAAUAAAAUGAACUAUCACUACAUGCAUGUAAUCCAUAAUGAAAAAAAUGAGUCUGUUUAAUUUUUCCAAAACCAUAAAAUUGUCCUUGUGGUUUCUGUAAUGUCUGUCUAUCUAUCGUUAUAAUCUAUCCAUACAGUAUAGUACAGGGCAUUUUACAAGGGGGGCAUUUCUUACUCUCCAAUACUCCUAGAGUAUGAUCAAUUGCAGCAGUAGUUAUGAUGGAAAUACAUUUGCCUAACCCUUUUCCAUGAAUGGGCAGCCAGCUCAUAGGUGUCAACACUGAUGAGAAAUAGCAGAAGAAAUGCCCGUUGUUUACACCACAUUAACAAAUAUAACUAAUAUAACUCUGCACACGUAAUCUAGUCAUUUGUUUAUUGUUUUUCCAGUUUACAGAAAGAAGAUUUGGAAUUUCAGCCUCUUGAACAGAUUAAUGAAAAUGAGGAGGCCAAUCACUCUACCCCACUCCUGGGACCUCUUGGACGUUUCUUGGGAGUCCAUUCUCCAAGCCCACCACGGGCCAACUCGCGCUUGAGCUUGCUAAUGAGACGAAGAAGUGGGGUUCCGCAUUUCAUCCAUCGUGACAUAAAUAACCUUAGGAGUGGAGAAGCACUGAGAGACCUUAAUGUUUUUAUGUCCACACCUUUCUAUGAGAGGCCAGGGUUUUAUAGCGCCCCUCAAACUCCACUUAAUGGAGUCCCUACAAUAUGUCCUCAGCGGUUCCCUGGUAAUGGCAACCCAACACUUUGCUCCACGCAAUGGACUAGGAAAAAGGGGCCCACGUGUGACACAGCAGAUGAAUUGUCUAGUUUAUCUCCUGGAUCCAAGCAAUGCUUUGUGUGGCCUCCUGGAAGUAUGGAGGAAGAGGAGAAGGAAAUUGUAUGUAAUACUGGUAGUACACCCACCCUACAAACUGAGCACGUUGUGGGAAUGCAGAGUCCUGCACCCAAAAGACUAACAAGAAGUCAGCAGGUUAGUUCGUUAUUUCUUGGGAAUCCAGCACAGGCAUCAACUGAUGUUCUGCACACGCCAGGACACCGAGUAUCUCGUUCUAUCUUUUCAUUUUCUCCCGUUACUUCUCCAACUUUGGAAAGGGCUUCCAGAACAUCUUGUACUAGCCAGGGACAGAAUGACGGAACCACGGAGAGUGGUAAGGAUCAACGUGGAGCUAAAUGUCCUUCUCCCAAAGACUCAGGGAUUAGUUUAGCUGAGGGAGACUUUACAGAGCUAAUGGAAGUUAUCAUGGAAGCUGGAGAACCCUCUGAGCAAGAAGGAAUGAACGAAUGAUAGGCUAGCAGUCGCCCAUUUACUAGUCCAUGGAAAUCUGGAAACCUUCCUGUGCAAGAAUGAAAGAAGCGUCCUACUUAUGAAUUAUUUGUGGUGUGACUAAAGGACAAAACAUUGAAAGUAUUUUGUGUAAAAACCCUUUAAACUAAGUUCCAAAGUUGGAAGAGUGACAGUCUGGUGUUAGUGUCAGGAAACCAAACCAACAUUUUAAAAAACUAGUAAUUUUUAAAAGUACUUUAAAAAUACCAUAAAAAGUGUCAGACUGAUCAUAAGCAGAAAAAGUACCUUAUAUUGCAGGAAUUUAAUAUAGAAAUCAAAGCAAAACAGAUUUUCAUUUUGUAGAAAAGAAAUAUAUUUUUAUUUACUAAACUUCUGUUGUAUUGUACAUAUAUAUUUUUAAAUUGAAUUUGUAUUUAUUAUUCAUCACGAUCAAAUACAGGGUUACAAUAUUGGUCAUGCAAUAAUAGCAAUGCAAAGCAGUGUGUGCAACUUGUAAAUUUGUUACAAUUACAUGUAAGACAAUCAGACAUCUCGGUAUCACAGACAAAUGUUUUAACUAAAAUGUUAUUGCCCUCGUCACGCCUUAGUCCAGCACCAGGGUUUUUACAUACUCUGCAGGGAUGUCUGAUUGCCACACAUGGUGUGUGUCUGUCAUGGUGUCUAUCUGUGUCAUGGUCUGUCAAGGUGUGUGUGUCUGUGUGUUUAAAAAUAGUGUUUUUACUAACCUUUUUUUUCCCACGCCAUGCUGGUCUCCCCUCGACUGGCCCCGCCUCUAUGGCUGAGAUCAUGAAGUUUGAUGAUCUCAGCCAAUCCAAUGCUUUGCCAUAGGAUUGGCUGCAAAACGCUACACCAAUCAGCAUCUCCUCAGCUGCACUGUAUCCCCAGUCCAGCCCUGUUUAUGAGCCAGCCAUCCACCUCUUGCUCCAGGCCGUGAGGCAAACAAAGCAUUUGCCUUGGCAAAUAAGGCGGCAUUUUUUGUGGCCCCCCUGAAAGUGGGACUUUCCCCAUGCUACCCCCAGUUCCUUAUUCCGGUAGGUCAUCCAAAGCGACCAUAUUUUGGUAAAUGUUUGUCUACGACCUGUGGAGGACCAGUGCAUCUCCUCCAUAAUUAGAUAGUCUUUAUCUCUAUUAAUCAAAUGUAGUGGCUGUGACAGACUGCCUGGCACCCCGACUGGGUGCCUCUGCCAAUCAAUGCUCACUGAGGACUCCAAUAGACACCAUCAACACCAUAGACUCCCACAAACCGCCAGUGUGGUUGGGGAUCUCGCUGUCCACCACCCACCCAGGACCCAAGACCAGGAUUCAGCUUCCAGUGGGUGAACCUCUCCUACUUCAGAGAGUAUAGCAAGAACAGCUCUUAAAAGAGAGCUAGUGAUUAUAGCACUCCAAAGAGCAAUCCCAAGAGCAGGGAUUAUAGCUGGUAUAGCGGUUCCCUCUGUCACAAGACAAGGCUCUGUGUUGAGGAUAAUGGUGCCCCACUUCGCCUUAUAUGACAAUAUCCAUGCAAGGGGUACGCCCACAUGGACCUUGUAGGUAACAGAUCUGCAAUAGUCACAGACCAGUCAUAAACGCAUGACACUCCCAUAACAAACAUACAAUCCCUCCCCUCUGCCUGGGAGAUAAUUGAAUCAGAUACUGUAUUAACUAUCUCCAGGAAGAAAAAAAAAAAAAAAACAUAUUUAUAUAAACCCCCCCCCACCCCCCCAAAAAAAAAAUUGGGGGAAAAGAGGGGAAAAUUCUUUGAGAGGGGAAAAUUUGGGAAAAGAGGGGGAAA